AGGGAGAAGGAGGAGGGACGCCUGUCUGUCCGCCUGCGAAAAAGGAAUACAGAGAUGACCCUUUCCAUCAGGGUCAUGUUCCCUGGCUGCACAGCUCCAACCCCGGUCUGGAGAGAGUGAGCGCCAUAGUGUGGGAGGGAAACGAGUGCAAGAAGGCCGACAUGUCCGUCCUGGAGAUCAGCGGCAUGAUCAUGAACAGAGUGAAUCUCUACACUCCUGGUAUUGGUUACCAGAUCUUUGGGAACCUGGUUUCAGUGACGCUCGGUCUCACGCCUUUUGCGUACAGGCUGGCUCAGUACCGUGACUUGGAUCAGCUGACCACGCUCUCAGCCAAUGAGCUGCUGUCUGUCGCCCUGGGUGGCGGAUCUGGAUCAGACGCCUUGGUCAUCACCAUGGUAACCCUUAGCUUCGUGGUACGCGUUUGCCUUAUAUGGCUCUUCUUCUUCCUGCUCAGCGUAGCAGAGAGGACCUACAAACAGAGGCUACUGUUUGCCAAGCUGUUUGGUCACCUGACUUCAGCCCGCAGAGCCAGGAAGUCUGAGGUCCCCCACUUUAGACUGAAGAAAGUUCAAAACAUCAAGAUGUGGCUGUCGCUACGCUCCUACCUCAAGAGACGGGGUCCUCAGCGUUCAGUGGAUGUGAUUGUGUCGUCUGCCUUCCUGCUCACUCUGUCUGUUGUCUUCAUCUGCUGCGCUCAGUUGCUGCACGUCCAUGAAACGUUCCUGGAGUGUCACUAUAACUGGGAGCUUGUGAUCUGGUGCUCCAGUCUGUCUCUGUUCCUGCUCAGGUUCGUCACUCUGGGCUCCGAGACCAGCAAGAAGUACAGCAACACCUCCAUACUGCUCACUGAACAGAUUAACUUGUAUCUGAAGAUGGAGAAGAAGCCAAACAAGAAAGAGGAGCUGACGCUGGUCAAUAACGUCCUAAAACUGGCUACCAAACUACUCAAGGAGUUGGAUACUCCUUUCAGGUUGUAUGGUUUGACUAUGAACCCUCUGCUCUACAACAUCACCCAGGUAGUCAUUCUGUCCGCAGUGUCAGGAGUCAUAUCUGACUUAUUAGGAUUUAACCUGAAGGUAAGCAUGAGUGUCUGAUACAAGGGAUAGCUACAUAAAAUUAGCUAUUGCAAGAAAAAUCAUGAAAAUAAGUCUCAGUAUAUCAUGCCAUCAUAAAUCAUGAAAAAUGCUUCCCGGUAUAGUAUGCCGUCAAAAAUCAUGACAAA